GUCGUUUGCAGACGAUUGGUUUCUAGAUGCCCGAUCUGUGUUCUUUCCUUCGUCUAUCUUCCUGUCUGUUGGUGAGUGGUUCUUCUCGAUGAGAGCUCACAAGGCAUCCGGCAACAACAAAAGACCGGCGCUUCUCCAUCUGGUGUGCGCAGUUGUACUCUUCUCUCUUCUAUUUUUUGCAAUCCAAUCCUCUUUCUUCUCAGGUAAUCAGAAACCUGAUCUGCACCGAAAGAAUCAGAAAUCCGAUCUCGACACGGCAGAAGUUCGGGUCUUAUCUGAAUUCCAGUCCAGUGUUCAGCAAUGCGUGGCAAACAGAGGGCUUGGACUCACUGCACAUAGUAUUGACCACUGCAAAUUGAUUCUUAAAUUCCCCAAAGGCACUAACAGCACCUGGUACAAUGCUCAGUUUAAGAUAUAUGAACCCUUGGAGUAUACAUAUGAUGUUUGUCAGGCGAUUCUAUUAUGGGAACAGUAUCGUAACAUGACUACAGUGUUGACAAGAGAGUAUCUUGAUGCUCGACCUGAUGGGUGGCUAGAGUAUGCUGCAAAAAGGAUAGCACAAUUGGGAGCAGAUAAAUGCUAUAAUCGGACCCUUUGUGAGGAACACCUCAAUUUGAUUUUACCAGCAAAACCCCCUUUUCAUCCCCGGCAGUUUCGCAAAUGUGCGGUUGUUGGAAACUCAGGAGAUCUCUUGAAAACAAAUUUUGGGAAAGAGAUUGAUAGUCAUGAUGCUGUUAUACGAGACAACGAGGCUCCUGUUAAUGAGAAAUAUGCCAAGUAUGUUGGUUUGAAGAGGGAUUUUCGACUUGUAGUGAGGGGUGCUGCUCGUAAUAUGGUUACUAUUUUAAAAGGGUCUGCUGAUGAGGUACUAAUAAUUAAAAGUGUGACACAUAGAGACUUCAAUGCAAUGAUUAAGGAUCAGGUGAACAGGAAGAUGAUUGCAAGGGGUCCUAAAGAGGGAGGAGAAUAUAUAUCUACUGAGUUUCAAAUGUUCAUUCAAGAUCAAGGAAUUAUUUCUCAACAUUCUUGUCCAUACACUCCACAACAAAAUGGAGUAGCUGAAAGAAAGAAUCGCCAUCUUCUUGAUAUGGUCCAAACUCUCCUAAUUGAUUUGGGUGUGCCCUCUCGUUUUUGGUGUAAAUCUUCUCAUCCAGCAGAUUUGACCGCUCUUUCUACCCCUUCUAACCAUCUACCCGUGACUCCUGAUCAAUCCUUGGACACAUCUUAUGAUCCACCAUCUCGUUGGCAUACUUCUAGAGUCUCCAAACCCCCGGAUCGUGAUGCGGAUUUGGCUGGUUGCCCAGAUUCUAGGCGUUCUACAACUGGUUGGUGCAUCUUUCUUGGAGAUUCACUCAUCUCCUGCAAAUGCAAGAAGCAAGAGUGUGUUUCUAAAUCUUCUACUAAAGCUGAAUGUAGAGCUAUGUCAGCAGCUUGCUCUGAGGUGAUGUGGUUGCAUGGCAUUCUUCAAGAGAUUGGUUUUUCACAAGACAAGCCAACUCCUCUUCAUGGUGACAACACUGCCAAUCCAGUAUUUCAUAGUAUUUCAAAUCCUGUUUAUCUUUUCCAAGGUAUUGUGCUACGUCGAGGUGCCAAGGGAACUGGAAUGAAAUCUAUAGAACUAGCACUCUCCAUGUGUGACAUUGUUGACAUAUAUGGUUUUACUGUUGAUCCUGGUUAUACUGAAUGGACACGAUACUUCUCCACACCCAGGAAAGGACACAAUCCACUUCAAGGAAGAGCAUACUACCAGCUUCUAGAAUGCCUUGGCGUUAUUAGGAUCCAUUCUCCCAUGAGAUCCAAGAGGAAGCAAGACUGGUCAGAUGUUCCUAGUCGAGAUAUGAUAAGCAGAGCUCACACUGCUGCUUUGCGCUUAAAGAGGAGUCAAGCUGUUCAGGUGGAUGAUUUGGACCAGUUUGGUAGUUGCAAGGUGUGGGGCAACGUGGAACCUGACCACAGUGGACCUGUCUCAGGAUCUCCAGACAUGAGCAAUGUCAGGAAGUAUUCAAAUUACAGUAAAUGGGAAGUUAUGCCGUUCAGGAGUCUGAGGAAGGAAGCACAGGAUCACUACAUCCAAAUGCAGGGCGUCUCCUUAUACAAGAUGGAUGGCAAUAAAUUGGAUGAUCUAGUCUGUGUAAGGCAUUCCUUAAAAUCUGAGGCAUAAGGCUAUAAGCAAUGCCUUCUAUCGGUCAUUCUCUGUAGUAUUACAUUUUGGCUGGUCAAGAGCAGGCCUAACUGGAUAAUACCUUUAUCUUGGACAAGGAUUUGUAUUAACUUCCAGUUCGUGUCACAAAUUCUUUUCAUCAAGCCUUUAUUGACUUCCACACAUGUAAAAAGAGUUGGACAUUAUGUCAGUUUCAUGGAUUGGGUGCUUCUCGCUUCGUGGAGAUUUCUACUUACAAAUUUGAGAGUUAAGUUUGCAGAGAUGCUUAUGCAGUUGUAGGUUUCUGUGGGCUCUUUCAGUUGGGCUUGAAUUCACCUUGAUACAGUCGAUCGUAGGGUAGAAAUUUGUCUGAUAGGAGAUGUAGUUUGUGAAAGUUCUCCCAAAAGUUUAUGAAAUUGGGGUGGUGGAUCAUUCAUCAUCUUGGAACAUGUAUUCUUAUCUAAUUUUGGAGGAUAUUCCAAGGUAGUGCUUUGUGCCUUGGUUCCUGAAGAUGAUUAUUUUUAUAAAUAGGUGCCUCUGCGCCUGCGGUGGAGCUUGAUUUGUGUUCUAA